AUGGCUAAGAUACUUAAAUGUCCAGGUUGUGAUCGAAAAAUAAGAACUGGUAAAACUCGAGAUCUUAAUAAACACAUAAAUUUAAAUAGAAAUCUUCGUAAAGGACAAUGCCAACUAGCUUUGCUUAUAAUGCAAAAUGUAGGAAAUGUUACUCCAGAGCAAAAUACACCUCAAAUUGAAAAUGUUACUCUAGAGCAAAAUCCGCUAUCAACUCCUGAAGCUGAGAGAGGCAAGUGCGCUGGCAGUCGACCCCCAGAUAAGAGAAUCAGAAAUAAGUCAAAGACUCGAAACUCAACAUCCCGAUACUUUGCAUCAUCUAGUUCAAAGCAAAAUAGCAUGAGUUACCAAGAUAAAACCAUCUUAAUUCAUAAAAAUAUAGCAAAUGGAUUUGAAGAAACAAUUAUGGAAGCAUACAAAAGAAUUAAUAAUGAGUUUGAAGCUAUUGCUAAAAAAACUAAUGGUAGAAUUGAUAUGCAUAAAUCUGGAAAUUAUACAUUAACAACUAUAAAAUUUUUCAAAGAAACCACUUUAGCACCCCAAAAAAAAAGAUAUAAAGAAGAAACUAAUCAAUACGAUGUAAAUUUAAUAUAUAUAUUUGAAAUGAUAAAAAAAGAUGCAUCAUGGCCAAUUGCACCAGGUAAAUUUCAUACUAUAAACUCAUCUUUUACAGAAAAAUGGAGUAAAUUUCCAUAUGAAAUUUAUAAAGCAACAAUAGAAGGAAAUCCUCUAAAGAAAAGUCUUCAAUGUACAAGAUAUUUACGUUAUAAUCCACAUGAAAUUUAUAUACAUUAUGAUUUAGAAUAUGCACGAAAAAAUGGAUUGAAAGUAACAUUAAUGAAUAUAUCACCAAAUGCACUUAUUUAUAAAAGAAAUAUACGUAUAACAGGAAAAGUCAUGUUUGGUGAAUGGCCACUAGGAGAUCAUGUAAAACAUAUAUAUACAGAUGGCUUUAUUAUAGCUAGAAAAGUAAAACUUAAAACGGGAAUAGAAAUAGAAAUUUCAAAUUUGAUUAUUUUCAAAGAAAAUGAGCUUCGCUCUACAAAUAGUUUACCAGAUUUUGAGAAAAUACAACAAGAUAAAAAGCAGAAUACAAUAUUAGAUACAGAGUAUCCUGCUUUACAGAUAGCAAAAAAGAAACUAUCAAAAAAGUCUGAUAUAAAUCUUCCAAAUGAAAUUAUAAUAGAAAUAUUUCAACAUUUAUAA